AUGGCGACCACCAAGAAGAGGGAGAUGGUGUUCUUCGACGUGGAGGCUACGCAGUCCCUGUCGCUGCCCGGCGAGUGCAGCCUGCUGGAGUUCGCCGCCAUCCUCGUCUGCCCGCGCCGCCUCGUCGAGGUCUCCAGCUACUCCACCCUCAUCCGCCCGGACGACGCCAGCGCCGACGGUGGCGUCCUCUCCGCCUCCUCCGGUGCACCCUCGUUCGAGGACGUCUUCCCGGACAUCUUCGAGCUGCUGGACGGCCGCGUGUGGGCGGGCCACGGCAUCCGGCGCGCCGGCUACCCGCGCAUGCGCGAGGCCUUCGCCGCCUUCGGCCUUGGCGCGCCGGAGCCCGUGGGCGUCGUCGACUCGCUCGACGUGCUCCUCGCGCAGGGCGCGCAGGGGUGCUUCGGGCCGGCUGCCGCCGGGGACGACGGCCAGGUGGAGGACGAGGAGGCGGCAGCGGCGGCCCUGGCGGAGCACUUCGGGAUCGGCGCGCGGCGGGCGCGGGGGCUCCGGUGCCUGGACGGCGCGCGCGUGAGUCUUGAGUAUCAAAACAACCAAUGA